AUGUCCGUGAUGGGUACCCCGUCGAGAUCCGGAUGGCGAAACCCUCGUAUUCCGCCGGUUUCGACGUCUCAGCGCUCGGAACCUUCUUCAUUGCAGAGCGGCCUUAUCCAGCUGGAGAAAGAGAUUGAUGAACUGGACGAGGAAGCGCGAAGGAGUACGGACCUAGACUCUCUUCAGGCAUCGCGACGAUGGGAAACACUCACACAGCUCGCUGCUGAUCCGACAAGACCGGAGAAGAAGCGAUUAGAAAAGGCAGCUGAGCUUUCAUCCAAAAUCAAAGAAUACGAAGAGGCCCUACUACGACAAUCCCAAAUCGCCCAAUUAAGCGGACCCAGCGACCGCGUUCUGUCCACUUACCGAGAUUACAUCGAGGGAAAUGCCUGGAAAGGCGCUUAUCUGCCAUCUAUCCCGAUUAUAAGUGGGAGGGCGAAAGAUAUGCUGAAAGAAGCUGACGACCUCGUUGCAUUGCGGAAACCAGCAGACGAAGACAUACUUUCAAAAUUCCUGCAAGACCACUGGGCCUUUCAGAGCCAUAAGGGGACUGAUCCUCUCGAUCGCACAACGAUAUACAAGGGACGGCAUAUCACACGUAUAGUAUCUAUGAUCAGCAUCCUGUUUGCCGCGGUUCUCUUAGUUGCUGCGAUCAUCAGCCUCUACGUGGUUGAUAAUCCGACUACGAAGUUAGGCUUGGUGGUUGCUUUUACGUUUAUCUUUGCUUUGAGCAUUGCGCUAUUGACAAAUGCACGACGGGCAGAGAUAUUCGGUUCUGUAGCCGCAUACGCUGCAGUAUUGGUUGUUUUCAUCUCGGGGAAUCUGGGGUCGUGA